AACACUCAAUAUACAAAAGCUAAUCAUCAUUCAUCAACCCUGAAACCUUUCUUCCAUUUCCAACAACCAACCAUGUCUAUGAUGUGGAACAACCUUCCCUUUGAUCUCUUAUCCAACAUCUUCUCUUUUCUCUCACCAGAUUCCUUGGCCAUAGCAAGAACAGUUUGCAGAAACUGGCAUGCAUGUUCAAAUUCUUAUCCUUUGAUUCCAAGAAUUACAAACUGUGCAACAAAGUGUAAGGCUCUUCAACCAUGGUUCUUGGCUCUUCCAAUAAGAAACCAUAGACCAUGUUGCUAUGCACAUAAUCCAGUUACCAACAAUUGGCAUGAGCUUCCACUUGAGUUCUUACCAGCUUCAUUGGUUAAACCAAUUGCUACAAUUGGAAGCCUAAUCUUGUUGAGGAUCACAAACUCCACAACACUUCAACUUGUUCUCUGCAACCCUUUUACAAGGCAAUUUAGGUACCUUCCUAAUUUGAACAUGUCAAGGACUAAUCCUGCUGUUGGAGUAACCCUUUCGGAGUAUCCGAAAAAUGAUGUUCUGUUUCAGUUUCCUUGCUUUAGAAUCUAUGUAGCUGGUGGCAUGUCUGAGGCAUCAUCACAAGGUGGUGCAACAUAUAAUCCAACAUCAGAGAUGUAUGAUUCAACAAAGAACAAUGAGAACUGGGAAAUUGUUGGGUCAAUGCCUGUGGAAUUCUCUGUUAGGCUAACAGUUUGGACACCAAAUGAGAAUGUCAACAUCAAGGAGAAAUUGUAUUGGAUCACAUCUGCAAGGGCAUAUAGUGUUAUGGGGUUUGAUAUUAGCAACAAUACAUGGUUCCAACUCGGCGUGCCCAUGGCGGAGAGGCUCGAAUUCGCGACACUUGUUAGGAGGAGCCAUGAGAAUUUGGGACUUGUUGGUGGAACUUGUGAUGGUGGUGGUUGCAUUUGGGAGCUGAAUGAUGAUGGGGAAACAUGGUGGUUGGUGGAUAAGGUUCCAAUUGAAUUGGGGUUGAGAUUGUUGUCAGGGCAGAGGAAUUGGGAUAGUGUGAAAUGUGUUGGUAGUGAUGGUGUUAUUUGUUUGUAUAGGGAUCUUGGUUCUGGAAUGGUGGUUUCUAGAAGAAUUGGUGAAAAGGGUAAGUGGGAAUGGAAUUGGGUUGAAGGGUGUGGUUAUGUUAAGGGGAAACAAGUGCAUAAUUGCUCAAUUAGAGGAACACUCAUACACCCAACUCUUGCUUCCUCUGUUAUCUUUUGAAUGAGAGUCUUUUUUUUUUCUUUUUGUUACAAGUUUGUAAGUGAUUGGAUUUUGUAUGAACUUGUGUGAAUUCUAGCUAAACACCUGCAAAUAGUACUUCGACACUCAAUUUCAUUGAUUU